ACAGAAAAUCCAUAAAGGGAAAUGAAAGAAAAGCCAAAAGAAAAUGGGGAAAAAAAAAACACAAAAAAACGAAUAUAAAAACUGAGUGGAAAACAAACGCUCUCUUCCCUUUCGGUGGAUUUUCAUUUUCACCGUGCGUAAGGCAAGAAAGCCCUCUGUUAUUUAACAUUUUUCUCUUUCCCUCUCAACCUCACCACUAUCCAAUCUCAUCUCACUCCUCACAAAAUCCCGCGAAUCAAGAAAAGCUGUGUCCUUAAAAGAAUUUCAUUGAUCGGACAUUAGUUUUCAUUAGCUUUUCACAAGAAGGGAGCUCAGAUUUGCUAACCGUUUUCUUUUUUCUUGUUUAAAUUUGGAGGUUAGCAAGAAAAAAAAGAUAAAAGCUACAGCCAUGGAUGCUAACUCUUGGUCUGCUCGUCUGUCCUCUGCCUCCAAGCGCUAUCAAUCUGCGCUUCAAUCUCGAUCUGGUAUGAGAUGGGAUAGUUUCGAUUCAGAUAUGCUGAUGGGUUUUGAGGAAAUCGAGAUGGAUGAUGGUAUAAGGGAGGAAUAUCCUUGUCCUUUUUGUUCAGAGUAUUUCGAUAUCGUGGGACUUUGUUGCCACAUAGACGAUGAGCAUCCUGUAGAAGCCAAGAAUGGGCUGUACAAUAGAUGUAAUUCUCCAUGCCCCUUGAGAUCCUUGACUACACAGUACAUGCAGCGCAAGAGGAAAUUACGAAAAGCUUCGCAUUCGACUCUCUCUUUCUUGAGGCGGGAGCUGAGAGAAGGGAAUUUUCAGUCCCUUUUUGGAGGCUCUUCCUCAUGCAUUGGGUCCUCCAAUAAUGCGGUGGCUGACCCGUUGUUGUCAUCAUUCAUUUUGCCGAUGGCUGAAGAUUAUGAAAGUGUUCCAUCACACACUUCAGCUGAAAAAACUUUAGUUGAGAAAAGCGCGAGUAAUGGCAUUUCAGAGAGAAAAGCUGAGCAGCCUCCAAUGUCGGUCAAAGAUAAGGAGGAGAAGGCAAAGAGGAGUGAGUUUGUGCAGGGAUUGGUCUUAUCGACAAUGAUGCUUGAUGAUAAUUUAUAAUUUGUGCAGUGCCACUAGGCUGUGGCGGAAGAUGGUGGGGAAACUGCAAGAAGGGCGGCCUAUUUCGUGGCCCAUAUAUGCCCAGACAUGUAUUGAGAUGGAGAGCGAAAUAAGUUUGUAACAAUAAAAUGUAAAAAUUAUGUUAGUAGAAAUAGUGCCUAGUUUCUUGCAAGACUGAUGUGUUUGNUAUUGGUUGUGUACUUGUGUUACAUGCUUUGAUGAUGUUUACUCUUAUGGAAUCAAAGACAUCAUAAUUUGCAUCUGUAGGGUGGAUAUUGGUGAUGAUUUUGUUAUCAGUAGAAGGUGACUACGCCUGAUCAGUAAAAUUAUCAUAAUGCGUUAAGGAGUUGUUUUGUGGCUUGAAAUUAAUGAAAAUCCCGUCCCAUAGAGAAGUGAAGUUAUACAGCGUUCUAAAGGUGU